AUGAAGAUUCCGGGAAUUAAUACUGAGCGCCUUGGUGCCGUUUUCUCAAUCAAAUCAAAAAUACAGCAAUCCAACGACUGUUUUACUGUAAAAGGUAUUGCCAAUAGAACGAAGGUCAACCGAGUCGCCAUAAUAUCUGGCAAGAAAAAACUGGGCAAGUCAGCUGUUUACCGCAAUCGUGCAGAUCGUCGAAUCCGCGCAGCAGUAAGAACAGUAUACCCCGAACUGAAAUUGAAAGGGUAUGAUUUCAUCUUUCAUCUACAGCCAUUAGUUAUCACAGCACCCUGGACAUAUGUUUUAGAUAAAGUGGCGAGUUCGUUCAAGUCGUUGGAAGACCAAGCAAGAAUCACAAAGCAAAAGUUUGGCAAAAAGUGA